AUGCUACAAUAUCGGGUUACUUAUGGCCCUGUCCCGCCCCAAAUCGCGCCCCUUCGCGCCUUACUGUCGCACCCCGUCGCGCCCCUGCUGUGGCCCUGUCGUGCCUCGGUGUCACGCCCCGCCGUCGCGGCCCACCGCACCAUGCCGUCGCGCCCCGCCGUCGCGCCACCACUGCGCCUUGCCGUCGCGCCCUGCCAUCGCGCCCCGCCACGCCCUGCCGUCGCGCCCCGCCGUGCCCUGCCGCUGCGCCUGCCUCGCGCCCGGCGUUGUGCCAUGUUGUCGCGCCUGCCGCCGCGCUCUAUUGUCGAGCCUGCUGCGCGCCUGCCGUCGCGCCUUGACGCCGCGCCUGUUGCUCGCCUGCCGAGCCUGCUUGCAGUGCUUCGAGCCGCGCCUGCCGACCGUGCCUGCCGCGCGCCUGCCACCGCGCCUGCCGUCACGCUUGACACGCGCAUCCUGUCCCGCCUAUCCCGCCUUGCUGCCACGCCUGCCGAGCGCCCGCCAUCACGCCCUGCCAUCGCGCCCGCCGUCACACCCUCCUGCAGCGCCUGCCGAGCCUGCCGGCCACGUCUGCAGCCACGCCUGCCAACCGUGCCUGCCGCCGCGCCUGUCGCACGCCUCCUGCCAUGCCAGCUGCCGUACCUCCCGUGCACCUGCCAGCCGCGACUACUGCCGUGCCUGCCGCGCGCCUACCUCCGCGCCUAUUGA